AACGAAGCGCCAAAAUAUUCGUCACAGCCUAAGCACCGUGACAACACUGUUAGCUACUAACGCAUCGCCACCACUCUUCUCUUUCUACGUUCGAUUUCCAUUGUUUCCCUCUCUCGCGUUACAAGGUGUGUAGUGAAGAAGGUUUGGGAUGAAAAGGGGUAAGGCAUCGUCUUCAGAUGAUGAGACUGAGGUGAAGCCUCUCUCUGUGUCGAAUUACCAUCUUGUAGACGAAGAUGACACUCCUGUGUCUUUUUCUGUAUUGCCAAUUCAAUGGAGUGGUUCUAAGAAUUCUGAUGCCAACCAAGGCCAUGUGUUCCUACACGGGUUCGCUGAUAAUGGGUUGCAGAAGAUUUUCAUGCAAGUUACCGCGUGGAGAUUUGAUCUUUCCAAUGUAAAACCCGAGAUAUCCUUGCUAUCGAAGGAUGGAAGCUGGAUCAAGCUUCUGAGGCCUAGGAAGAGCUUUCAGGAUACUGUGAGAACCAUUUGGAUCACCCUUCGUUUCCUGCAUCGUGUGAAAAAAAAUCGACGAUUGUCUGCGGUAUCUGUCUGGAAAGGCUUGCGUAAGGAUAAGGAGUUGAGCUCUUAUCGGGUUAAGGCUUCAGAAAGCGAUUUAUUGGACCAUGUGCCUUUGAUUGGUGAAGCUGCCAAAAGAGAUGCUGUAUUAGCUAAGUCCAAGCUUUUGCUCAUGGUUUUGGAGAAGCUGGAGAGUCAGAAACUUCUUGAUAAGGGAGUUAAAGAUUUGGCACAACCUGGACUUACAGUUGGUAUUGACAGUGAUAGGGUAGAUGAAGCUAAUGAAGAGUCAGAAGAAGAGGAUGAUUUGUUUUGUUCUGUUUGUGCACUUUGUGACAAUGGUGGUAAUCUUUUGUGUUGUGAAGGACCAUGCAUGAGGUCAUUUCAUGCUACUGAGGAGGAUGGUAAAGAAGUUAGUUGUGAUUCUCUUGGUUUCACCCAGAAGGAAGUUGAUGAGAUCCAGAGCUUUUAUUGUAAGAAUUGUAAAUAUUGUCUGCACCAAUGCUUUGCAUGUGGCAAGCUGGGGUCUUCUGAUAAAGUUAAGGGUGCUGAGGUCAUUAAAUGUGCUUCUGCAACCUGUGACCGUUUUUAUCAUCCACAUUGCGUUGCUAAGUUACUUCCCCAGGUAGUUAAGCAUGUUGCAGAGGAACUCGAGAGAAAUAUUGCUGAUGGGGAUCCUUUUACUUGUCCCCUUCAUUAUUGCUGUGUCUGUAAGGAAUUGGAAAAUAAGAUAGAUCCUGAGUUGCGAUUUGCUGUUUGCUGGAGAUGUCCAAAGUCAUAUCAUCGCAAAUGUUUGCCAAGAGAAAUCGCUUUUGAGGACAAAGAUGAUGAACAUAUUAUAACAAGAGCUUGGGAAGAACUUUUACCAAACAAUCGCAUUCUUAUAUAUUGCUUAAAUCACGAGAUUGAUGAUAAACUUGGGACUCCUAUAAGAGAUCAUAUAAAAUUCCCCAGCAAGAAAGCUACUGUUCAAGAAAUUAAUCCUAAUUAUCCUACUAUUGAGCGAAAGAAACCUGGAUCUAAAGAGAGAAUUAUAUUGAAGAAGAAAAAUGUUGACUUAGAUGAUUCAUCUGGCGAAAGCAUUGCUAAAGGAUCCAAAUUGACUGCAAAGCUGUCUUCUGGCGAAGUUGGCAGAAAGAAGCAGGCUGAUACGAAAUCAAAUGAAUCAUCAAGUUGUUUGAAUGAAAAUAAGAGUUCAAUGUCAAAGAAAUGUGAAAUGCCUGACUGUGAGGAAAACCAUAACCAGCCUCCAACAGGUGAGAAAUUAUAUGCUCUCAAGAAUGAGGGUUCAGAUCAAAUCAAGCCUGACAAUCAGGUCAAUAAUGUGAUUAAUAAGUCCCUGUUUGUCAAGCCUAUUAGAAAGCUGAGUACUGCAUUACCUCCAUUAGAUGAUGAUUCAGAAAAGAGUUUGUUGGCUUUGUUUAAAGAAUCUAAAUCAUCAAUUACAUUGGAGAGUGUCUUAAAAAAGCACACAAUUUCUUCUACUUGUGCUCGCUCAUUGAGAAAUGUUCUGGAGAAGACCAUUACAAUGGGGAAGCUGGAAGGCUCAGUUGACGCUGUUCGAAUAGCUCUAAGGAAGCUGGAGAGUGGAUGCAGCAUUCAGGAUGUACAAGCUGUUUGUGACCCUGAUGUUCUGAAACAGAUUUUGAAGUGGAAGCUUGUUGAUAAGCUACAUUGGUAUGUUCAGAAUGGUGAUACUAUUGUUGACUUUUCCUGUGGUGCUAAUGAUUUUAGCACCCUUAUGAAGAAAAAGCUUGAGGAGACUGGAAAGAAAUGCUCAUACAGAAACUAUGAUUUACUUCCAAUAAAGAAUGAUGCUAGUUUUGAAAGGAGGGAUUGGAUGACUGUCCAACAAACUGAGUUGCCUACAGGGUCACAGUUGAUCAUGGGGUUCAAUUCCACCUUUGGGCUUGAAGCAGCUUUGGCUAACAAGUUUAUAGAUAAGGCUCUUGAGUUUAAACCAAAGCUCUUGAUUCUUUUAGUACCACCAGAGACUGAGAGGCUUGAUAAAAAGCGAUCACCAUAUGAUCUUAUAUGGGAGGAUGGGAAUUUUCUAUCAGACAUGUCAUUUUAUCUGCCGGGAUCAGCUGAUGUAAAUGACAGACAAAUAGACCAAAGGAAUGUAAGGCUGCCUCUACUCUCCCUUUGGAGCCUUCCUGACUGGACUACUAAACACAAGGUCAUAGCCCAGGAGCAUGGUCAUGUGUCCAUCCAGCAUGAAGUAUUACUCAUAGAAAGUUGUAAUACUGACAUGUUGGCUGUUGAUCAUACCCCGGGGGAAAAUUAUGCUGACAACUGUGGUGAUCAUGAUCACUUGAAGUCAGCUGAUGAUCAAGAAUAUCAAACAUGUAUAAAUGGUCAGAAAAGAAGCCAACAUCAUGGUAAUGUUGACCAAGAGCAUCAAGGACAGAAGUAUAGGAUGGGCAAGUCUGGCAAGACACCUCAGAAGAGAAAACAUAUUGAGGAAAAUAAUAGAACACGAGUAGGCCUGGUCUCACCAGCCAGAAGGCAGGCCAUAAAAAGAAUACUUGAGGGAGUACCUGAUCAUAGUCAACCCAAUCCAAUCAAUGGGAGAUCCUCAGGUGAAGCUUUUCAGCCCAAAUCUGUGAUGGCCUGUCCCCAUGUUGAGAUUAGAGAAGGGUCAAAUGUUGCCGGUCCCAAAUCUGAUGGCCUUUGUGGUAUUGAGGAUCCUGAUUCUAAUCGUCUAUCUGGUCAUGAUCCUUCCUGUGGCAACACUGGAUGUAGUAGUGCGCAACUAGUUUCAGUAACACAGAUAUCUUGUAAGACGAAUACACCAGCUAUGGAACAAGAUGAAGCUAGCCUAGAUGAAUUAAACCAUGCCAGGAUAAGUUCUUUGGGCUCUGAACCCCGUUCUUUUAGUAAAAGUGGCACUCUUGGACGUAGUGUACUCCAACCUGGAUAUGGUGGUGGGCUGCUCGGUUUUGCACCUGGUCCUAACCUUGCAUAUUCAUGCCAGCAUUCGGCUGGUUGGCUCGAGGAGUAGUUACAGCAUCUAUUGGUUUUCUCUCUCAUUUCUGCAUAAUGAUGCCGCAUGGUGUACAUCGAUGAUCUGAGAUGGAAUGUGAUGUACAGUGAUUUUUAUCACAAUCCUCUUACGAUCGUCAGAGAUCUUGAGGUAGAAUACUGUGUAAAUGUACUGGAAAUUAUAUCAGUGCUCUAGUUCUACACUAUACCAUCAAUUGAGGAAGUCAUUGUUUAUUAGCGCGCACUUUAUUGAUUUUUUUGGGUAUCAAAUCAAAUUGGAAUAUGUAAUAU